AUGGCGUUUGCCGCACCCGAACGUCGCAUUGUUUGCAUUGAUGGUGAUGGAUCCUUCCAAAUGACAGGUUCGGAGCUCUGCACACUGCUGCGGCACAACCUGAACUUCCUCCUGAUCAUUCUGAACAAUGCGGGUUACACGGCAGAGCGUGCCAUCCAUCCUGACCGGGACGACUCUUACAAUGACAUCCAUGUGUGGAACUACCACUUGUUGCCCCAGGCAUUGGGUGGUCGGCCGGAUUCGAACGGUGUGGAUGCCCACACGGAGGCUCAGUUCGUCGAUGCCCUGUCGUCAUAUCGUGGAAAGGGCCUGCAGGUGGUCAAUGCACGGCUGGACAAAAAUGACAUGCCAAGCUUUUUCAUCGAGAUGAGUGACAUGCUAAAGCACUGA